UCAGGCGGAACCUUACUCUCUUCGCGCCGUUGCACGGACACGUCUCAGAGACGGACCAACCCGGGAAAUGGCUGAAAAUUAAUGCAUCUCAGUGUAGUUUGCUGGUUUUAUUUUGUUUAAACUAUUUUAUUUAGAGUUGUUUGGUCGUCAGUGAUUAUUUAAACAUUGGAGCUAAUGCUAAGCUAAAGAUGUGGAGGAAAGGCUCGUCUGAGGGCUCUGACCGGUUUGAAUAUUUACAAACUCUGGUCACUGAGUUUCAGGACACCGACAGUGAAGAGGCGAAGGAGCAGGUGCUGGCUAACUUGGCUAACUUUGCAUACGACCCAAAUAACAUGGAGUAUCUGAAGCAGCUUCAAGUGACCGACCUCUUCUUGGACAUGCUCACUGAGGAGAAUGAUAACUUCGUGGAGUUUGGGAUGGGGGGGCUGUGUAACCUGAGUAUGGACCCUGAAUGUCGAGACAUCAUCCUGCAGAGCAGUGGGAUCAGCUUGGUCACAAACUGUCUGUCAAGUCAGAGGGAGGAGACCGUCCUGUCAGCCAUCACCACACUCAUGAACCUCACAAAGCCCUCGUCACGCUCUGAGAUCACAGAUCCGGCCAUCCUGCAGUGCAUGCUGCGCUUCUCCCUCUCAGAGAGUCCACGCCUGCGUAACCUCGCCGCUGUGUUCCUGCAGGACUGCUGCACCCAGGAGCAGGUGACCCAAGCAGAACAGCAGAUGCAGGGACGGCAGACUGCAGUUGGCAUCCCGCUGCCCAAGGACUAAAGCUCCAAUAUUUAAGUGGGAGAAUUAUUUUUUUUUUGGUUUGUUUGUUUUCAUAAAAAUUGAUACAUUUGCUCUCCAUGAGAGUUUAGUACUUAUGAUAAUACUGCUUAAUAUGUAUAAUACUUGUAAACUAUAAUACUGCAGCUGAUGAUCAUUUUCAUUUUUGAUUAAUCUGCUGAUUAUUUUAACGAUGAAGUCCAACCUGACGUCUUGAGGUUGCUUAUUUGGUCCGUAAUUCAAAGACUUGUUUAUUGUCAUACAUAAAAGACAAAGAAAAGCAGCAGAUCCUCAGAUGUAAGAAGCUGGAACCAGCAAAUGUUUGACAUUUUUACUUGAAAAAUUACUAAAGCUAUUCAAUAACUGAAACAGUUGGCAUUCUUUUUUUUUUUUUUUCAAUUGAUAACUCAUUUAGUUGACUGACGCAAUUUUUGUUGAAACAUUACAGCCAUGUGUGUUUACUGGACAAUGUUUUGGGCCAUUCUCAGUAGUUUGAAUUUUGUUCUUUAUCUCGGGCCUUACCAGGGCUGAUUAACUGACAACUAUUAAAUUCAUUGCUAACUACUAAGAUAAUCAAUUUUGAGUUUGUUUUUUUUUUUUUUUUUUUAAGAAAUCCAAAUUCUCUGAUUCCAGCUUCUGGAAUGCGACUGGUUCCCUGGUUUCUUUCCACCUCUGUGAUGUUUGUCUUCUUGUGCAUCUUUAUUCCUAACUGUUGUGCUCUUUCUGACCACAUGAGGGAGACUGGACAGUCUUUGUUUAUCUGCUUUUCACAAAUGAGUGCUCGAGAGAUUAAUAGGCUUGAUUACAAACAGCACAAAAACAGUGCAUUAAUAAUUUGACAGCUUUCAAACUGCCAAAAAAAAGUCUGAAGUGUGCAGAGAGAAGUGACCAAGUGAUCUCACUUGUACAAACAGGCUCAGUGACUGUAGUAUCAAUAUCACCACCUAUUUCCCCAAAAAUGUACAUUCCUUUGGCUUUUAAGUGAUUUCCUAAUACCUGUUCGGAUGUGAGAGCACGUUGAAGCCAACUUGCUCUUGGCUCUCUGAGAGUACCGUGUCCUAAACCUUAACUCCAAACCCAAAAUAUGUAAAAUAAAAAAUGUUAAAUAAACCUUGAGGUUCCACCUUGAGAGCCAGGAGCCCUGUUUGUUUUCUUCUGGGCUUUUUAGGAGCUAUUUCUGGGCCGAGUCCUUCAGGUCUAGACAGAAGACGACAU